CGGACGGGAAAUCCCUCGCAGAAAUAAUCACAAGUCACGAGACAUUGAGCCAUUGUUGCCUUCAAUGAUGUAUCCAUCUCAAAGUUCUUAGAUGGCUAGCUAAAUUUUUUUUCUUUUCUCUUAUUGUGCCUCAUUUCUCAACUUUCUAGACCCGUAUUGUACUUCAUUGAAAGAUAGUUAGAUUUUCCCCAAGUUACUCAUAUUUCGAUCUCUCACUUUUCUCAUCCGAUCCUAGCCGUCAUGACUGUGACCAACGGCCGCAACGGGAACCCCUCCACAACCACCCUCCAUAGGGCUGAAGAAGUGAACGAUGUGAGACAUGACACGAACUCAACCUCUGAGCUGAUUGGUCGCUGACGUUACACCACCAGCUCAUCGAUGCUGUAAAGGGUCUCAUUGUCCCUUACAUCAAGGCUGCCGAUGAUGCCGCAGCAGAGCGUGCGACAGGGGAUAUUCCCCCCAGUUCAGCUGGUGUCAAAAACAAUGUCCUGGUGGACUUUCAAAAACCACAGGAGCUUGCUCAACGACUCAAGUUUUCCUUGCCAAAUUCGGGUCAAGGUAAGGAGGGGUUGUUGGAGAUUAUCCAGCAAGUUCUUCAGAACAGUGUCAAUACUUGGGAUCAGGGCUUCCUUGAUAAGCUGUAUGCAAGCACGAACGCAGUCGGGGUGGUGUCAGACAUGGUACUUUCGGUGCUAAACACCAAUGUACGUUCCAGUCCCUGUGCACUAUCAGUAUAAGUAUUUAACACCCUGUAGCUCCAUGUCUUCCAAGUUUCUCCCGCCCUCACUAUCAUUGAGAAAACCACAGCAAAGACUCUGGCACACUUGUUUGGUUUCACUGGAUCAAGAGCAGGGGGUAUCUCCUGUCAGGGAGGAAGCGCCUCAAACUUGACUUCCCUGGUCGUUGCCCGGAACACCUUGUUCCCAGAAUGCAGAGCUUCAGGCAAUGGUAACCACGAUUUCGUCGUCUUUACAAGUGCUCACGGGCAUUACUCGGUUGAGAAGAGUGCCAUGAUCUGUGGUCUUGGUUCAAACAGCGUCUGGCCUGUUCCUGUGGAUGAGUUUGGAUGCAUGAAGCCGGAUGCCUUGAGAGAAUUGGUCGUCCGUGCCAGGAAUGAAGGCAAGACACCCUUUUAUGUGAACUCGACGGCUGGAACCACUGUCAUGGGCUCAUAUGAGCCGUUUGAGGAGAUUUCCAAGAUCUGCAAGGAGUUUGGCCUCUGGAUGCAUAUCGAUGCAAGCUGGGGAGGCCCUGCUAUCUUCUCGUCGAAACAAAAGCACAAGCUCAAUGGCGCCCAUCUGGCCGAUUCAUUGACGGUGAACCCUCAUAAGAUGAUGAACGUUCCCGUCACAUGCUCGUUCCUCCUCGGACCAGAUAUGAACAUUUUCAACAAGGCCAACAGCACCGCCGCAGGCUAUUUGUUCCAUACCAGCGAUAGCGGUGAUAUCUGGGAUCUUGCAGAUCUAACCCUGCAGUGCGGUCGCCGCGGUGACAGUCUUAAGCUUGCUUUGGCCUGGAUAUACUAUGGUGCUGCAGGUUUUGAGAAGCAGAUCGACCACGCCUUUGAGCAGGCUGAAUACCUUGCCAAUUUCAUCAAACAGAGUGACAACUUUGUGCUUGUAUCACAAGACCCUCCCCCUUGUUUGCAAGUUUGCUUCUACUAUUCCCCUGGAAGAAAUCUGUCUGAUAACAAAGACGAGAACACACUCCGAACCAAGACUAUGGUCGAGAAGAUGAUCCUCAGAGGCUACAUGGUUGAUUAUGCCCCUGGUCCAAAGGGCAGCUUCUUCCGUGUUGUGGUCAAUUGCCAAACUCUGCCAGGGACAGUUGAGGGCCUUGUUAAAGGUCUUGAGGAAGUUGGACGCCAAUAAUUAGACUAUAGAAGAGGUAAAAUUCGACAUUACACUGGGCAUAAAGGAGGGUUGUUUGGGUUAUAUAUAGGGCAAAUAGGUAGGACGCUACGCAUCAUGGCCACUAUCACUAAACCAGGAUAUUGAGAAACAAGAGAAUACGUUGCAUGGUAACAUUUAAGACAUGGUCAUGGCUCUAUUCUUCAUGUCACGGUGUAUAAGUAUCUUUGCUGCGAAUAGGCAUUGUUUAAUCGUUCAUGUUUGCUUGCUUGCUUGGCUUGCGAAAUCUAAUUACUCCUGCUAAAUUAAGAAC